UUUACCUGCACAGCCAUGGGCUGCAUACAGAGCAUAGCCUGUAACAAGUCACGCAUCAAACGAGAGAACAUCGUGGUGUACGACCUGACCGCCACCAUAGACCACUGCCCGACUGUCAUUGAGGAGAACUCGCCCAUAGUGCUUCGCUACAAGACGCCCUAUUUUAAAGCCUCGGCGCGGGUUGUGAUGCCCCCUAUUCCGCGCAAUGAGACCUGGGUGGUGGGCUGGAUCCAGGCGUGCACCCAGAUGGAAUUUUACAACACCUAUGGAGACGUUGGCAUGUCGAGCUGGGAGCUGCCUCAGCUACGAGAAGGCCUGGUGAGGGCCAUCAGCGACUCUGACGGUGUGAGCUACCCCUGGUAUGGAAACACAACAGAGACUGUCACCAUAGUGGGCCCCACCUCCAAGCCAUCCCGCUUCAUCGUUAGCAUGAAUGACAAUUUUUACCCCAGCGUCACCUGGGCUGUGCCGGUCAGUGAAUCCAACACUCCCUUACUGACUAACAUCAAAAGGGAUCAGAGCUUCACCACGUGGCUGGUGGCACUCAACACCACGUCUAGGGAAAAGAUCCUGCUCCACACCAUCAAGUGGAGGAUGAGGGUCGAUAUUGCAGUGGAUCCGUCCCUGCCUCUGGGCUCCAGGGCCAGGCUGGUAGGCCGUGUGCACCAGGACCAGCCGCGGGUGCUGUCCCGCAUGGAGCCCAUCCCUCAUAACGCCAUUGGGAGGCCCAACGCCAACGACGCCCAGGUUCUGAUGUGGAGGCCGAGGAGAGGGCCUCCGCUUGUUGUCAUACCGCCCAAGUAG